CUGACAUUGACGACAUCCUCAAAACGUACUGGAUACAAAACAAUUGACAAUCUCCGAGAAUCAUCACCAUGAGCAUCCGUUGGGGUAUCGGGCAGCGCAGAGACCGCCGUCUGCCGUACAAGGUCACCGCAGGGCAGACAUGCACUUAUUGCGCGGACUACAUCUUCAACCAAGAAUUGUACGACCAGCUGUCCGCUAAGACAAGCUCGUCAACGGCAGCAAUAGCUUACGCCCGGACGAGCCGUGAUCUCUACGUGUCUGCUCAAGAAGGAUGUCCGUGGUGCUCAUCCAUAGCCCUCGGCAUUCGACACGUGGCGGAUUUCCUCGUCUUCGAAGACAGUGAGGAUGAGGUGACUGAUCCGGCAUGUUGUCGGUUUCCGCUCUCGAAUCUCAAAUGCGAUGCGGGGGUUUCCAUUAUCGUCCGGUUUCGGAAACAUCGUGGCAUGGCGACGUUUGAUGAAGUUGAGAUACAGAUCGAAGUGACAGGCACCCAGGGUGAAGAUUGUCGACUCCCUGAGAUAGGCGGCCCAGAUACGAUCUUUCUAACCUUUCAGGUUUCUUCCACCGAUCCCCAGUCGCAAGUCUUCCAACGAAACUGGGGCCGCAUAUCUGCGGACUCGGAUGACUGGGCGACCUCAGCGCUAGACUGGCUCGAAUCAUGCAGCAGCCACCGCCAAUGCCGACCCGCCGGAGGCUUCCACCCCAGUCGACUCAUCGAUGUAACCAAUCCACACUCCCCACGGCUCAUCAACCGCGACGAGAUCGCAGCACCCGACGACGUGUACGUCGUCCUCAGCUACGUCUGGGGCCCCGCGCAAACGUACACUCUCAAAAAUUCAAGUCAUGAACAGCUGCGCCGGGGCUUAGACCUAGCCCGUCUGCCAAAUACUCUGAGAGACGCGAUGGAGGUGACGGCCCGGCUGGGUUUCCGGUACAUCUGGAUCGACGCCCUCUGCAUCAUCCAGGACUCGCCGGAUGACCUAGCGGCGGAACUACCCCAAAUGGCCAGCAUUUACCGGCAGGGGGCUCUGACAAUUAUCGUGGCAAGCGCCACCAGCGCAGACAAGGGAUUCCUGCUCCCCCCGCAAGGGCUGCACGACCGCUUCACCCCUGUGCAAGUAGGUCCGAUCGACGCAGACGAGAGGCGCGGAGUAUCCUUCUUCGUAGGGGACACAUCGAUGCAAGCGCAAGCCUUCCAGAACGAGCCCAUUUUGCUUAGAGCCUGGACCCUCCAGGAGUCCACCAUGUCGCCUCGCCGGUUAUUUUUCGCGAGCGACGGCGUCUCAUGGGAAUGCACCGAGUGCGUCAUCACGUACCUCGGCGCGAGCCCAAUCUUCGACACAGACUUUCUCUCCCUGUGCAAGCGAGCCAGCAGGUACAAGAACGGCCGCAGCGAGCUCUAUUCCCGCUGGCUGAAUCUUCGCGAAGAAUACUGCGCCAGGGCGCUCACCUUCUCCAGUGACAAGUUGAACGCCUUUUCGGCUGUGGCGUCUGAGAUCGCGCAGAUGACAGGCUGGACGUAUCUCGGCGGGCUGUGGAAGGAAUAUCUGGUUGACGACCUCCUCUGGCGCUGUAAUCCCGCUAAGCAUGUUGUGGAAGUCGAAGCUUCUGAUUAUCCGCUCCUCAAGUCCGCUGCUGCUGCUGCGGCGCAGAGUGUAGCGCCUAGCUGGAGCUGGGCCAGCGUUGCCGAGGGGUGGAUCUACUCCAUAUAUGAGCCUCACGCGCGCAGUCCGUUUCCUGGAUUUGAGGUGCUUGAUUGUCAGAUUGAAGCCGGGGGAGCGGGUCCGUUCGGAUCCGUGAGAUCAGGUGUUCUGGACCUGAAGGGCAUUCUUGUCGACUUAGGGUUCAGACGUGUAUUCAGACCGGAUAGAGUCGAAGAUGCGGAUCUCGCUCUCUUGCAGGAAAGUGAUGAUACGAGCGGGAUGGUCGACGACCGCGAAGUUGUUGCGUACGGCGUGACCGAUCCUUUAGAUGCCCCGCUCUUGUCUGAUGUGCGGAUUCAGUGCCUCGCUGUCGCUCAGGUCUUGCACCAGGAGAACGUGGAAGGCUUGAUGCUGUUGCCGCUUGAGGGGGACGGCGGGUUUCGUCGUAUAGGGUACUUCUGUGCGCAUCGGCCGUCGAUUUUUCAGGGUGCUUCCCCGCGCAUGAUAAAAAUUAGAUAAGGCCAUCUAUAGGCAUUUAGUUGAACAGUGAUUGUGGUUAUUUGGUAUUUUUGUGAUUUGAAAUGAUGCACUCCAUGCUGCACGUAUAGUUCAAGAGCCCUGGGUGUUCAGUGAAAGCUUUGGAGCCUAGAAAUGGUUGGUAAAAAUAUCCGUGCCGUCACGGGCACAAUACGCUGGACAAUUUGCACCCGUGGGAAUAUUCCUCCAAAUGAUCCACCUGUCCGACUAGCCAUGAAAUAUUAGAAGAUAUUCAUGAUUCGUUGAACAGCAGGUUCG